GGCGCGUGGAUGUUAUGGGUUCGCUUACUGACCAGGGUCCGCUCUUCCGAACAAAGGAGUGUCACUUCAAAAACAUCUUCACGGUGUUCAACCUUGUUCGCUUCGAUUAUCGGUCAGGAGAUCGAAACUUCGUCCGAGCGCACCUGACCUCCUCUCACUCGUGUGUUGCAAGCAGAUCGAUCGCCUCACAGACUUUUGCACGAGCGUUAACUAUGGCGAUCUGGCCCGUUUGAUCUCCCUGACUCUUUCGCGGGCGCAUACACCCACACAGAGAGAGAGAGAGAGAGAGAGAGAGAGAGAGAGAGAGAGAGAGAGAGAGAGAGAGAGAGAGAGAGUAUUGAUAUUAUUAUAUGUAUGUACAUAUAUAGUAUUCGUAUAGAGGUAGAGGUAUAUACAUGUGUAUAAUUUAAUAUACAAAAGUACAAACAAAUAGAUACACACACACACACACACACACACACACAGAGAGAGAGAGAGAGAGAGAGAGAGAGAGAGAGAGAGAGAGAGAGAGAGAGAGAGGAAUCGCGCUGGAGGAAGACGCAGACAAAAUAAAGUAGAGUUGAUGCGUCGCAUGACAGAUUGAUGGUAGAUUUUAUAUAAUUAUGGAGAAAUAAAACAGGGAGACAGAUAAUCUAGCGAAGGAUGGGCGGAAGAGGAACUAAUUGCGGCAGUACAGCACAGACAUACAUAUAGAAUGAUAAAUACAUAGACAGACGGACAGACUGUGUCAAGACAUGGUCGAUAGAUUAGAUAGAGAGAGACAAAGAUAUGUGGAUUAGAUAGAUGCAUAGAUAGAUAGAUAGAUAGAUAGAUAGAUAGACAGAUAGAUAGAUAGACAGGUAGAUAGAUAGUCUACCGAAGGAAGACAGGAAGGUGAAGGUGCAUUCAGCUGUGCAGCAUAGACAUACAGAUGAAGCGAUAGAUACAUAGGCUGAAAGAUAGAGUGUCCAGAGAUGAUAGACAGAUUAGAUAGAUUAGAUAAAUUAGAUAUAGAUCAGAUUGAUUGGUUCAUAGAUAGAUAGAGAUAGACGAAGACGAAGGUCAACUUGCAAGUGCAGCGUUCACGAACAUAUAGAUUGAUAGAUUCAUAGACAUACAGACUGUCAAUUGAUGAUUAGAUAGAUUAGAUAGAUUAGAUAGAUUAGAUAGAUUAGAUAGAGAGAGAUAGAGAUAGUUAGGGAAGAGAGGAAGAGCAGGUACUAGGACAUAAGAAGCAGGUAUAAGAGGGAAGAAGAGGGCUAGGUGCUGCAAGACUUGCCGCCGAGAAGAUGGCUGAUGAACAUCACCUGGUGUACCAAGAAGACGGGCUGGACUCUCCACUUUUAAAAAAUCAUCUUACUCAUCUUAAAGUGUCGAAGAAUUAUUGGAAUUUGGAUUGGACGGCGGGAUGUCCAGGCGAAGAUAAAGAUAAAGAUAAAGAUAAAGAUCGUUUAAGUGCGGACAGCAGGCUCGGAUGCUUGAACGUCAGAGGUGAUGCAGAAUCUUCUUCUUCUUAUUACAAUAAUGUGUGCAGUCGAACGUAUGCGGAAUUACCAUUUGAUGUGUUUGGAGAUUACCGAGGCAAAUCUGCGUCGGAAUCUGCGCAGAUAUUCGUGAACAAGACAUUCCCAUGUGUGAAAUGGCUAAGGAAGUACAAUUUGUCACGAGAUUUAUGGAGCGAUGUGACUGCGGGUUUGUCUGUGGGAUUCAUGGCAAUUCCAGAAGGGAUGGCAUAUGCAAGGAUCGCAGGAUUACGCACAAUCUACGGUCUGUAUGCGUCCUUCGUGCCUAUCUUUGCGUACGCGAUAUUCGGCAGUUCCAAGCACUUGGCAGUUGGUCCAGUUGCGCUAGUGUCCCUGCUGGUGGCCGAGUCUCUCAAAGGCAUGGUACCGGAGCCAGCGAGAAACGAGGGAGGAAGUGGAGAUGGGGGGGGUGGGGGUGGUGGUGGGGGUGAUGGUGCGGGAAGGGGGGGGGAGGAUUAUGAGAUGGAGUACGCGCGGUUGGCCGUGCUGCUGGCGUUACUCGUUGGAGUCGUUCAAGCGUCGGCAGGCAUACUUCGUCUUGGAACACUCGUACGAUUCUUGAGUCACUCUGUGGUGUCUGGAUUCGCCUCCGGUGCAGCUAUUAUCAUAGCACUCUCCCAGGCAAAGAACAUUCUUGGUUGCAAUUUGCCCAAGAGCAGCCAAGUCCACAUCAUUCUCUUCAACAUUUGGAACAAUAUACAUAUGGCACACAUACCGACGUUGCUGACCGGAGUUAGCGUGCUGUUAUUUCUGCUGUUCACCAAGCUUAUCCAGAAUUUGCACAAGUCUUUGCGAUUUCUGCGGAUAGUUGCUCCUCUUGUUGUCACCAUUGGUGGGACACUAUUUAUCAGGUUCACAAACAACUGUUAUGGGAUGAAGACGGUUGGGGAUCUGCCCGAGGGGCUUCCCCCUUUUAGCAUUGACUACGAGUGGAAGGAUGUGCAGCAGCUUUUCUUGCCUGCAGUGGUGGUUGCAGGGGUUGGCUUCAUGGAGUCAAUUGCCAUAGCCAAGGCGCUUGCAGGCAAGAAUGGUUAUGAGAUCAGUGCUAGCCACGAGCUGGUAGGUAUUGGCUUUGCAAAUAUUGUCGGAUCUAUGUUCGGUGCAUAUCCGGUCGCCGGCUCUGUCUCCCGAUCCGCUGUCAGCGACGAUACAGGCGCACGCACGGGUCUUGCUGGCAUGGUGACGGGCCUCCUUGUGCUGGUAUCUCUCCUCUUCCUCACCACCCUCUUUGAGGAUUUGCCGUUCUGUGUGCUCGCUGCGAUUGUCAUUUCUGCGGUCCUCAAGUUGAUCGACUUCUCUGAGAUUCUGUACUUGUACCGAGUCAACAGAAGGGACUGUAUAGUAUGGCUCCUGGCCUUCGUUGGGGUCGUCUUCUUCAGUGUCGAGGUGGGCGUCGCUGUGGCUGUUGUCAUCUCCCUGGGCUUUAUCCUCCAUGAAACCGCUAAUCCCCACACGGCUGUCCUUGGGCGCCUGCCCGGGACGACGGUGUACCGCAAUGUGGAGCAAUACCCGGACGCAAAGUGCAACCGUGGGAUCGUGAUUGUCAGAAUCGAUGCGCCAAUUUUCUUUGCCAACAUUCCAUUUCUAAAGGACUGUUUGCAGCGUUAUGAACUUCAUGCCGUGACCGCUUUACGUAAAACACAGCACAGUGCUGGGCAAUCGGACCCAUCCGUCCGAGACACUCAAACAAGUUGGGAUAUGGAGAGUUGCCUUCCAGAAGAUGAGCAAGUGCACCUUCGUGCCAUGGCGGCUUUACAUAAAAAACAGCACAGUGCUGGGCAAUCGGACCCAUCCAUCCGAGAGACUCAAACAAGUUGGGAUAUGGAGAGUUGCCUUCCAGCCAAUGAACAAGUGCGCUAUGUGGUGCUGGAGAUGACGCCUGUGACGAUGAUAGAUUCUGAUGGGUGCAAAGCUCUCACCGAACUCUACCAUCAAUACAAGGUAAGGGGAGUUACGCUUGCCAUCUGCAAUCCCAAUCGCGCGGUCAUGAGCGCUUUCUUUCGCGCUAAAUUAACAUCUUUGAUCGGACGGCAGUGGUUCUUUGUGCAUGCUCACGAGGCGGUGCUGGCAUGCCUGGAAGACAAGAGGAGUAGGUUUGGCUGUUCUGGUACACAAAAAAGGGAGCUGGGCGAGGAGGAGAAUCAGCUGCCAAGACCCGAUGCUUCCGAUCCGGCGAAAGAGGGCUAUCAAAGGCUUCUGCCAGGCCCACCUCCCGUGUCAUCAGGUUCGAAUGCCGAAAGGGAUUCUCCUCGUUUGUCAGCAACUAAGGUUCGCCUGCCGUUGCCGUCGAUCAAAACCCAUAUGAAAGGGCCUGCAAUAACCCCAACCAUUUUUCUGUCGGCAUCAGAGGUGUUUCAGUCACCCCAUGUCUUUCAACAGGAGGUCGGCGUAGCUGACGAUCUGUCAGAGGAGAGGGUGAAAGAUCAUCCUCAACCUCCUCAAGUGACCUACUGCCCCUUCUGCAGCGCCCGCCAGGUUCACCCCGCAGCAGCGAGUGACAGACAAGAAGAGACUGGGAGUGACCGCGACCAUGGAGGUAGUGACCAAGGCGUCCUUGAUCCAUAUCGUGUGAGAUUAAGUUAGAAACGCUAUUGUGUACAUUUAUGACCGUCUUUACAGCUCAUGUUCACAACUACGUACGGGAUGAAUCUUGCUCAUGUUCAUCUCCACGUACGGGACCAGUAUCAUGCAAUAUCCAUCAUCCCGUACUUAGUUAUGUUCACCAUUCUGAUGCUCAAUCUUGUUCAUGACUAAGUGCUUGUAAUAUUUUUUUCCUGUCGUUGUCAGAUUGUCGUUACUUCUGCACACACACGUGGUUAUGUUCCUCUCUGAUCGUCACAAACUUGUUCAUGACUCACGGUCGUACUUUCUUUCCUUUCAUCGUGAGCAACUCCGUUCCAUUUGGAGAAUGAGAUGUUUCGUUCGGUUGUACAUUCGUAAGCAGUGCAACAGCACUGCUUCCAGGGAAGAAGAUUCCAUUUGAACUGGGUUGCCCCUAACUUAUUGUAUCGAUCUGAUUACAUCAGGAUCAAACUCAUCAUCUAUUUGUCAGUGUCAUAGCGUGUACACCAUUCAGCCAC